CGUCCCCCUUCUCGCCGUACACCAUGUCCUCCGCACCAUCGCCUCCUGCCUCGUCCUACUCCAACUCUCCCUGCUCCUACUCGAGGGCCCUCGACACUGACACAGACGCUCUCCUCGCGUCCACGCUUCGUGUCUUGGACCAGCGUGCCGCACCAACCAUGCACGACAUCCUCGCCGCGUAUACCGCCAAGGGCGACGGCGACCGUGACAUGCUCUUUGCUCUCUUGAACGCAAAGACAGCGGAAGACAACCGAAUGGCUGCGGACCGUAACCUGCGGCGCACGCUGCUCGAGCUCUACAGGACACAACCGCAGACUUCGUCAUCAGCAUAUGCUGUCCAGCACCAUGUGAUGCCACAGUACCCGCUACCUUCGCCCCCGACGUCGCUCUACCAGCAGUCUCCGACUGUCCACACCCAGUCACCAGUAUCGCGCAGACGUGCUUCGUCGAUAUCAUCACGCUCAUCAGACGAGCAUCUCUCCUCGCCGCACUUGCGUAAACGCCGCCGGUCGCGGUCGCCGAAUCGGUCAGAUUACGGGGACUACCGCUCCCGUGCUUACUACGAGCGGGCGGUGCCCUCGCAACUCGACGCCCCGCAUUACUCUACGUCUCCCUACUCAUCACAAUCGUCAUCACACCACAGUGGUGGCUCUCCAAGAUCACGAGAAGCCAUGACUAUUGGCUCGCUACUGUCAUCGAGGGGAGCGGAAUAUCAAGAAGCAGAUCGGCAAGCUGGCAGCCCUCUUUCGUCACACUAGCGGCGUCCUGCCGUUGUUCUCUUCUCCCUCAGUCUGCGUUGGGAUUCACUGUUGUUUUGUUGUAGUUUUUACCAUCGUCGUCAAAGCAUUUUAGUUUUCUUUAUUUACUGCAUGGGUGUCUGUCAGCUGUACUCAAAACU